AUGAGCUUGCCUGUGGCGGGGGCGCCCUCCGCAACGGCCCUCGCGGUGCUGGGCGCCGAGGCGCUCGGCUCCUCGCAGGGCGCGAGCCCCUGCAACCGCGCGCCCUCCGCCACCAGCGCCUCCGGCAGUGAGACAUCGACAACCUCUUCACAGUCUUCGGACGGCACCGCGGACCUACCCGAGGUUGGCGCCGCGCCGUCGAGCUGCAGCGGUACGAGCGACCUCUCGGACUCCCGCCUGCGGAGCGUGUGGGAGGAGGCCGCCCUAUCGGCCCUUCAGUCCAGCAAGGGAGACCACGCCGCGGCGCUGGCGGUCUUGCGGCUCGAGGAGCAGGCGGCGGCGGCGUCGCUCUUCUCUUCGGACGAGGUGGAUGAGCUCCGGUCGCUGCACGCGCGCUUCGGCGGCACCGACCUACGCCUCGUCACGAGGGCGCUCGGCGGGCGCCGCUCAUUGGCCGAGGUCGUCGCGGCGGCAUACAGAUGUUUGCCUGCCCUGCGGAGAGACACGGACGUGGAGACGGUCUCGCUGCGUAGCCCACGCCAGCCGUCGCUUGCGCGGGCCUCCGUCGCGCGGGCCUCUGUCGACUCGCUCACCUCACUCGGCGCGAUGAUGGCGCACCGGCUGAUCGAGGCUGCCCCCGCGGCCCUCUCCGUCGAGGCCGCCUCCGGCGAGUGGCUGCUCGCCGACUUGUGCGACGACGGCACGAUUCUGCACUUGCCGGCCGAUGGCGGCGUGCCGCAGCGAUUUCGAUCUCCCGGCGGGUUCGUCCGCUUCCUUCGCCCGUGGUUGAGCGCGGCGUCAGUGGAGGGGGGAAGCUGGACGGCGGUGCACUACAAGGGUUUGCCGCUCGACCUGAUCCGCAAAGCCGCCACCAGCGAUGCAGACGCGUUGGGCGCGGUUGCCGCCGCCUCCGGUUCCCCCUCUGACGGCCGCGAGCCCACGCCACUCUCGCCCGGCGGCGCCGCCGCCAGCCAGCUUCGCCAAGCCUUACACGCCUCCUACCUGUUGGAGCGACGCACCGACGGCGCGCACGAACGAUUGCUAGUGGACGACGCGGAGUUGGAGACGUACGAAGUGGAUUGCAUCCUCGAUCGCCGCCGCUCCAAACGCAUGGACGGCGGAGCCUACGAGUACUUGGUAUCGUGGGCGGGCUACGGCCCGGCGGACAAUACGUGGGAGCCGCGCGAAUCCCUGCUGUGCCACGAAUUGGUGGAGACGUUUGAGCUGGCGUUCGAGGCGCGUCGGCCCGCCGCCUCCCGCAGCCACGCCCGCCCCGCCGGCAACCGCGGUCGCGGUUCCUCGUCGCCGUGCCAGCCGAGGAGGCUUCCGAAAAAGAGGGAGCAUGUUGCCAAGCGACGCGCCUCGCCGCCGCAGCCCUCCCGCGUGAGCAAGGCCGCGCGGGUGCCGGCGGUGGCGCCGGUCGUGGACCUCGUGGCGCUCGCAGCCAAGGAGCGGGAGGAGCAGCGCCGCCCUUGCAUGUGCAGCGCGCCCUGCCGGCUGCAGCCGCUGAUUGAGUCUGGUUGCAUCGUGGCCGGCUCCCUCGCGCUCUCCGUGUGCAUCAAGGGCGCGCUCACGUCCGCCGAUGUGAGCGAGACCGGCGCGAUCCGGCUCCCCUCCUCUUCGGGCGGCGGCGAGCUGCUCGAGCUCCAGACUCCAUGCGCGCUGCUCCGCGUGGCACGCCGCCGCGCGGGCGUCGCCGUCGACAAGGGGCCGAGCGCCCGGACGACUGUGUUUUACAAGGGCGUCAGCCUCAACGCGCUUGCGCAGCCUGGCCAGGCCUUCCCCUUCCCGGAGGAGUUCUGGCUUCAAAACUACGUGCUCAACGAGGGGCGUGGGGGCCGCCUGGCGCUGCCUGUUCGCACCCGACAGCUCUGCCUCCGAGACGACGCGCGCGGCGAGACCCUGCUCGCCGACGGCAUGCGCGAGACACAGCUCGUCUCGCCUGCCAUGGUGGACGCAACCGCGAGCGGGGCGACCGAGUACUUUGCCGUGAAGCGGGCCCCGACCGAGGAGCGGCUCUGCGCUCCCGCCGUCGAACGCGACGCCCCGACGCCCGCCGACACCGCCGCGCCGACGCAGCCGGCCGCCGCCUUCCCCUCCGCCACCGAUCUCGGCGUGAGCGAGGAGAAGCUGGAGGAGUGGCGCAAGCACAGCGGCGGCGACCUGGAGCCGGUCCUCGCGAGCGGCGCCGUCGCCCUCCUCGACGCGCAGUGGAUCAUCAGCCACGCCGAGGCGGGCGGCGUCCUCACCCACCGCCAAGCGCUGCCCGAAGAGGCCUUCCUCUCCCUCGCCGAUCUCGUCGAGGCGACCACGGGUGCUGGUGGGCUUCCCGUCGCCGCGCUCUCCUACCCGUGGCUGACCAAGGACCACCCCGACCCGCGCGGAGCCAACCUCUCCCGUGUCGCAAGGGCGCUCAAGGCCCUGCUCAGCGGCACCUACCCGGAUGGCUCGGCAAUGUUCCCGCGGCUCGGCGUCUUUUGGGACUUCGGCUCGCUGCACCAGCACCCCGAUCCCGCCAACGGCGUCCUGCGCACCGAGGAGCAGAACGCGCUCUUCAAGCAGGGGCUGGGCUGCCUCGGCACGCUCUACUCCCACCCGUACACAUACGUGCUGCGGCUGACCUCCUUCCCGGACGGCCACGCGGCGGAGGACCAGAUCGAGGGCACCAACGUGGCCAUGUACUUUGACCGCGGCUGGUGCUCCACCGAGAACGCCUGGGCGAGCCUGACUAAGGCCAGUUUCCUCUCGCUCGACCUCCGCCUGAUGCGCGACGGCAAGGAGUACGACAUCUACAGCCUCCGAGCCGACUGCACCCAGGACGGCGGCCGGCGCCCUCCGCUGCUGCCGUCUGCGUUCGCGGCGGAGCUGGAGACGAAGAGCUUCACCAACGGCAAGGACGACAAGCCGCUGGUGAAGCGGCUGUACGAGGACACCUUCGAGGAGCAGUUUGGCAAGGCGGCCAAGCUGUUCUACGUCCAGCUCGGCUGGGGCGACGCGGAGGCGGCGAAGCUGGCGGAGGUCCUCGCGAGCGGGGCAGCGCCGCGGCUCGAGGCGCUCGUUCUCCACGGCAACAACAUUGGCGACGAGGGCUGGAAGGCGCUGGCCGCCGCCCUCGAGGAGGGAGCAGCGCCGUGGCUCAAGAGGCUCGAUCUCCGCCGGAACAAGAUUGGCGACGAGGGUUGCGAGGCGCUGGCCGCCGCCUUCAAGGAGGGGGCAGCGCCGCGGCUCGAGACGCUCGAGCUCUACAGCAACCAGAUUGGCGACGAGGGCUGCAAGGCGCUGGCUGCCGCCCUUGGCAAGGAGGGGGCAGCACCGCGGCUCGAGAUUUCCGCGUUACAGCAUUCAUGUCGCCGAUGA